AGAAAAAGGAACAGUCUAAUAAUCUUGUUACUUAUUCGGAAGGAGAAUAUGAAUCUGUUGGUUCUUCAGAGGGAGAAUAUGAGUCUAAUUAUAAAGAACAAUAUGAAUCUACUUACCCUGCUGCUGCUGCGUUACCACCUUCUACAAUUGAAGCUGGUACAUUUGGUCAUAUUAAUGAAGCAAUUCUUAACUGGGAAGAUGAACAUUCAAUUUUAUAUUCCAGAAAAAGAUUUGUAUCAUGGGAUGCAUAUGAAAAUUUCAUCAUUGAUUGGGCUAAGAAACAGAGUUUUCGAAUUGUUAAGGAUCGAGUCUGUCGUGAAGAGGGUUUUAUUCAUCGGCGUACUUUUUAUGUGAUCAUAACCAACAAUCCUGAAACAGCUAUAAUUGUCAACAAAGUAAAAGAUGAGCACAACCAUAUGUUAAGUCAAGACAUAAUCGAGUUUGAAGAUGGUAAAAAAUUUACAGAUCAAAUGAUAGAAGAUGUACGAUUUAUGACUAUAUUUGCCGAUAAAUUUAUGCAAGAAAUUGAGCCUAUAGUACCGAAUUAUAAUGGAUGUGUACCAUAUUUAAGUGUGUUUGAUCAGACUGAAACGGACUUUUAUGAAGAGAACCUGACAGUACUUGAACAAAAAAUUGUGUAUGGAAGAUUGCAUAGAAUAUACAAAAAAGCCCUGCACAAAGCAUUACAGGACAACAAGUCGCAGCAGCUUAUUAAUUUAUUGGAAGAAUUUGUUGAAAUAGAGAGUGACAAGUCAUCAGAUUCUGAAGAAAGUUUGCAUGAUAAUACCAGUGAUAAGAAAAAUCAUGAUUCUGUAACAACAGUUCAAAUACAAAAUCCCAAAAAGCGUCGAGGCAAAGGUCAGCUAUUAGGUACCAAAAGGUUUAAAUCUUCUUAUGAGAGUUCUAAAUCAACAAAAAAUCAGCGCCGAUGCAAAAAAUGUGAAAACGUUGGCCAUUAUCAGAAGAAUUAUAAGUAA